UUCAAGAUUGUGAGAUCUGGCUCGUGUUGCUAUUUUACUUUUGAUGGUGGUAUGAUCUCUAGCCCUGUCAUAAUUCUGCAGUUGUAGUACGGCCGUACCAUUUCAGCUUGCUAGUGCAGAAAGAUGUGAAUUCAGUUGCUGUAUCAGCCUGGCCUGGUGCAAACACACUGCUAGAGACAUGUUAAAGAGUUCCAGGUGAAUCAAGCUUGAGAGAGACAGCAGCAGCACGAUAUGUGUCACAAAGAUGUCUACACGGAACUGCCAGGGAAUGGACUCAGUGAUCAAGCCCCUGGACACAAUUCCUGAGGAUAAAAAAGUCAGGGUUCAGAGGACCCAAAGCACUUUUGACCCAUUUGAAAAACCAACUAACCAAGUAAAGAGGGUGCAUUCUGAGAACAAUGCUUGCAUUAACUUCAAGACUUCCUCCACAGGCAAGGAGUCCCCUAAAGUUAGGCGGCACUCCAGCCCCAGCUCACCCACAAGUCCCAAAUUUGGAAAAGCUGACUCAUAUGAAAAGUUGGAAAAACUAGGAGAAGGAUCUUAUGCCACAGUAUACAAAGGGAAGAGCAAGGUAAAUGGGAAGUUGGUAGCCUUGAAAGUGAUCAGGCUGCAAGAAGAAGAAGGUACACCUUUUACAGCUAUCAGGGAAGCUUCUUUAUUAAAAGGACUAAAACAUGCUAACAUAGUGCUGCUUCAUGAUAUCAUCCACACCAAGGAGACACUGACACUUGUGUUUGAAUAUGUGCACACUGAUUUAUGUCAGUACAUGGACAAACACCCUGGGGGGCUGCAUCCAGAUAAUGUGAAGUUGUUUUUAUUUCAGUUGCUGCGAGGGCUGUCUUACAUCCACCAGCGUUAUAUUUUGCACAGAGACUUGAAACCACAGAACCUUCUGAUCAGUGACACGGGGGAGUUAAAGCUGGCAGAUUUCGGUCUUGCAAGAGCAAAGUCCGUCCCUAGCCACACAUACUCCAAUGAAGUGGUUACCUUGUGGUAUAGACCUCCAGAUGUCCUCUUGGGCUCAACAGAAUAUUCUACCUGCCUUGACAUGUGGGGAGUUGGCUGCAUCUUUGUUGAAAUGAUACAAGGAGUGGCUGCUUUUCCAGGAAUGAAAGAUAUUCAGGAUCAACUUGAACGAAUAUUUCUGGUUCUUGGAACACCCAAUGAGGACACAUGGCCUGGAGUUCAUUCCUUACCACAUUUUAAGCCAGAACGCUUUACCCUGUACAGCUCCAAAAACCUUAGACAAGCAUGGAAUAAGCUCAGCUAUGUGAAUCAUGCAGAGGAUCUGGCCUCCAAGCUCCUACAGUGUUCCCCAAAGAACAGACUAUCGGCACAGGCUGCCUUGAGCCAUGAGUAUUUUAGUGACUUGCCCCCUCGGCUAUGGGAACUGACUGACAUGUCUUCUAUUUUUACGGUCCCAAAUGUAAGAUUGCAACCGGAAGCUGGAGAGAAUGUGCGGGCCUUUGGGAAAAACAAUAGUUAUGGGAAAAGUCUAUCAAACAGCAAACACUGAUGAGCACAAUGUUUUCAGCAAAGCACAGGAUUAAGUUGUCAUCAUCCUGGGAAGAAAAAACACACACAUACAUUAAUGACGUGGCCAAUAAUAAGAAGGGAAUCAUGGAUCAGUCUCCUUUCACUCCCUGUGGUGGAUUUCACUUACAAGAAAAUUGAAGCUGGCAAGACCCUGUUUUCUCUGCAAUUUAUUUAAAACCUUGCACGCAUUUGGGUACCUUGUGAUUUCCAAGAACUAUGUGAAGAUUAAGCUUUGCUUACUGAUACAUGGCAUGUAUUCUUUUCAGUCUUUUAUGUUUGAUUUCAUUUGAUUUCCCUCUGCAGCACAGCAUCUCUGUAAAGAUUUUUAUGCUUUCACCAGCCAUGUCUUAAAUACAUUAAGACAACACAUUUGGUGUUCACACUUUUUCAGUAAUGUCUAUGCUUGAAAGCCACAUAGUGGCAUGAAACAACGUGUGUUUUCUCUAAGAGCAGAACACAUUUUGCAACCGCUAGGAAAGGAAAUCUUUAGUGAAAGCAAACUCAAGUUCUCUGAGAGACUGGACAGCUUGGUCAUCAACUGUGGAGUCCCACUUGUUGCUUACCUUUUGAACACAGUGUAAAUGUGGGUGGAAGUUGUUGUUUUUUCUUGGUAAAACUGCACAUUUAUGUAUAAAAUCAAAAUCUGCUUAGUGUCUUCAAGCCACAGAGCAUGACUGUUCCUCAAGUAGGAAGGAAGUAAAGAAAUCUCAAGUAUUAAUAACAAAGAUGGGGAUAAUUUGAUUACUUUUUUGAAUUCCAGAGAUAAGAAUAACUUUUACAGGUUUACUUAGUAUUAUUAACAUCUGAUUUUUGCCAUCUAUUUCUGUCCCAUGUUACAUUUUCUAAAUGGAGAAAAAAAACUGAGAAGUAGGAUAUUUUGAAACUUGGCUGCAAACAAAUUUUGUGUGCUAAAUGAGCUCCAAAAGCCAUCUAUACUGGUUAAUAUUUUAAAGGGCAAAUUACAGGCUUUACUAAAGCAUAAAAGUUCACUCAUUCACAAGAAAGCACCAAAGGAAAAAUAAAAUUGUAUUUUUUUAAACACUUCACACUAAUUAGAGUAUCUGGGUGUCUUAACUCCUAAGUAGUCCUGAAAGAACUGUUCAAAUGCCUGUUUUAGAGACAAUGCCGAAGUUCUUGCUUUAAAAAUGGAAAAAGCAAAAAUGAAAAGCCCAGCUUCCCUUGUAUUGAGGGAGUUGAGAGAGCUCAGAGAAUUGGAAGCAAGUAUGCGAAGGGCAGAAAAUGUGAAUUGUGUUUGGUAUUGUUCUUUAGAGCAGAGGAAAUACUGCUGGUGUCAUCCAGUGGACAGAAUCCGAAGGAAUAUUGAAGCCAAGGGAGUGAUUAGGAAAUCCAUGUAAUGUAUGAAGCCUUGCUUCUCAGCACACAAAUUCCCUUGGAAAUUCCUUCAUGCACAUUGGUUUGCAUUUCCUCUUGGAAAGUUGAGACUAACAGUUUAAAAUAUGUCACAACUUUUUAAGAAAAAGAACAGGGAAUUUUGACAAAGAUUAUCUGAGAGUCAGGUGUGAGACAAGCUUCUCAUUAGUAAAACCAAUGUAUGUGUGGGAAAUUUAACCCAGAAAUCCCAAACAUGAAAAUGGUACUUUCCCUUGCAUGGGGUGUGAAAAAUAUAUCUCAAGGUCACAAUCCAUCCUCUUCAGAAAUCGUAUUCAUAGUAAGCUUUUAAGUGCUAAGUCAGGAAUUGAUUUGUUUUCAGUUGCUGAUUGAUUUUAAAGAAAAAUGUCUCCCAGAGCUAGAGUGUUUACUAUAUAGACUUCUUUACUGCUCUUUUUUUGUACAUUUCAACUCAUUGGAAAUUGCUAUCGGUGUUUGUAUUUCACAUAUGCUUAAAUAAGAACUUCUCAAAGUAAAGAUGGAAAAAGCUACUUGCAAUUAAGUGACCUUUCCUGUGAUUUCUUCUGACUUUGUUAUUUGGAGGAGAGGCAUACUUUUGUCUGUUAUGAUGUUUAAACCCAAAGCAAUUGAUGGCUGAAUCUUGCCUUUGAGUAGUCUCUGAACUGGAAUUUUUGAAAAAUACUUUGUAUUAACAUCUAAUGUAAACAUCUAUCCAAUGAUAGAAUUGCUCAAAGAUAUAGGUCCUUAUCAUGAAACCUAAUUCUACUCAGCAAAAAGAAAAAUUUACCUUAUUACAGAAGCAGGCAUAUCAGAGGAUUGUGUCUAGGAUGUUUUCCUCUCCCACCCUUGCUAACCAUAUCCAGAGUUGGUUUUACCUUAACUUUUUCUCUUCCAUUAUAUUCUUCCUGUUUAUUGCUGACCUCUUCAUAGUGAGGGCAACCAUGAAAAUCAUUUGACUUUUCAUUCACAGAUGCAUUAUUCUAUUGAGAAAGCACUGGAAUGUUAUGUGAGAUUAUUUUUAUAUGAAAGAGUAGCUUGAAAUCCAACAGUUGGAAUAGUAUGAACACAUUAGCAUGGUGAUUAUAUUAGUGCACCAUCACUGCACACAUAAUAUUUGGAAGGAAAAUUAAGGAGUUCAUUUCCAUUUUCUUAAAGAAAAAAAUUUGGUCAACUUAACUAUAUAAGAUGCAUAGGACAUGAAUAAAAUGUUUGCAGAAUUUGAAAAAGAUGUUAUUUAAAAAAAAACAGGAAGCAGCAGGCAGGGAUGGCUGUCUAUUCACUGAUACAAGUGUGAGAAGCUAUUUCUACCUUCCAAGAGUGAUGUGAAACAUUUCUGAGGGAGCCUCCAACUUUGCAGAGAACACAAGACCUUGUGGUGUCCUUUCUUCAGUGUGCAUAUGACAGCCAGCAUAAUCCCAUCCUAAGUUAUGCGUCUAUAUAAGAUACUCAUCUGUGAAUAUUACUGGUUUUGUAAUCUUUGUUAUAUAAGAGGAUGUUUAGGCUGUAUAUACUGGGGUAGAUUAUUGCCUGCCCCCUAUAUAGAAGAAUAUGCUGCAUAAUUGCACCUAACUUCCAUCUCUCUUAACAGCUUGUAGGCAGAGGAAAACAUAUAUGUUGCUGCCUUGCAUUUUUCUUGUACAUCAAAAACAAAAUUAAAAAAUAUCAAAUAAGCAACCUCUGAUUCUCCUACCCCUUUCCCCAGCAGCAUAUUUUAGAGGCACAUACAAAAAUCAACAUCUCUAGUUGGAAUUGGAUUUUUUUUUAUGCUUCUUUUAUUCUUUUUUGUAUGAUACAGUAUGAUUCAAUGAGAUGUGUACUUUCUAAUAGGAAAGGUUGGUACCGAAAAAACAUGCUAGCAUUUUACAGAAAACUAUUAUGCUUCCAAAUGACAUAUAGUAAGGAGAAUGGAAUAAUAUGUGUUGCAUAUUUGUUAUCAAUUGUAAUUUGUCUGUAAUAUGAAAGAUGUAAUGGUGUGUCAGCUGUUACUGUUGUUUCCUUGUAACAUGAUAUGGAAUAAAGUAUAGCAGAAUCUCUGUA